AUGGACACUGAAGAUUGCAUGAGUUCAUACUCUUAUCAAUCGAAAACCUUCUCAAAGAUGGAUUCUUCAGCAUCGGUUAAUCCAAAGAACAAUGGCAAAGACAAAGUUUCUGAUCAUGAAGAAACAGAGGACGAGCUCAUCACUCCUGACAACAGAGGAAAGAGGAAGACUUUUGCGAGUUCAAGUGGAGCUGCUUCUCAGCCAACAAAGCACACUAAGGUUUUAACCCCAAGGUCUUAUGUCUGGGAGCAUUACACUCGGACUCAAGAAAACCGUGACAGAUGCGUUUGUCACCACUGCAAGAAGAGUUUUGCUUGUGCUUCAAAGUCUGGUACUUCGAACCUGGGAAAGCAUCUGACAACCUGUAAGCAGUAUCUGGCAUGGGAAGCAGCACGAAAGAAGAAUCAGACAGAACUUACCGACAAUGGAGCUGUGAGGGAUACAAAAGUUUCUGAAGCUCAAGUCAGAGAGGCAACAAAUGAGAUGCUCGUGAUUGGGGAAAUGCCACUUUCAUUUGUUGAAAGCGCGAGUUAUAUGGUAAUCAAUCUUCACUUUGUGGAUGCUUCCUGGCAGCUAAAGAAGUUGAUCAUCGGUUUCAAGCACAUCACAGACCACAAAGGUCAGACAAUUUUGACUGUGCUUCUAGAUUGUUUGGCUGAAUGGGGCAUAGAGAAGAUCUUCUGCAUCACGGUUGAUAAUGCAACUGCAAACACCUCUGCGCUUAGGAAGUUUCAGAGUAGAUUCUCUUUAUUGUCAGAUGAAGCGUUUGUUAUGAAUGGAGAGUUUGUGCAUAUGAGAUGCGCAGCACAUAUCAUUAAUUUGAUUGUUAAAGAUGGUUUGGCUGAAGUGGAUAGUAAUGUCGCUGCAAUUCGUAAUGCUGUUGGGUAUGUUAGGUCUAGUACGUCUAGAUUAAGGUCAUUUGAGCUUCGGGUUGAUUCGGGAAAGAUGACUAGGGGUAGUUUGCCACUGGAUGUUAAAACUAGAUGGAAUUCUACUUACUUGAUGUUGUCGAGAGCUCUUGAGUUCAGGUUAGCCUUUGACAAGAUGGAGGCAGAGGACAGGCUUUACAACGACUACUUCAUGGAGUUUGAUGGUGGAGCACAACGGGUUGGACCUCCUGCUAUGGUUGACUGGCAUGCGAUUGAGCGGUUGGUAAGGUUUCUGAUUAUCUUCUACAACUCCACAUUGACGAAUGCUGAUGACAUGCUCCUGAAGUUUGAUAAGUAUUGGGCUGGUAUGAAGAACAUCAACAAGAUGUUGAUUGUAGCAACGAGUGAGUACAGUGCUCGGUAUGCCAGAGGUGAAGCAGUUCAAGCGUCUCAAACCACUCCAGCUGCAUCUUUUGGUAGCCAAGAAGCUUCAUUCGAUAGAGUCAAUUUGAUCAAUAACGAGAUGGGGUAUGAAAGGAUGGAUUUCAUGUAUGAGGAGUUGGUUGGAGAAAUUGAAGAUCGAGAAUCUAAGGAUGAGUUGGAUACUUAUCUAAGGGAGAGUGUAGUCAAUCCGAGAAUCAUUGUAGGAGUUGAGUACGAUGUUUUGUCUUGGUGGAAGUUCAAUGCUCUGAAGUUCCCUGUUCUUGCAGAAAUUGCAAGAGAUGUACUUGCAAUGCAAGUCUCUUCAGUUGCUUCGGAGUGCUUUUAG